AUGUCGACUUACGACUCUAAACAAAGCCAACAAAUCAUAGUCGUCGUCGGCGCUACAGCUUCUGGAAAAUCAAGUGUUGCACAUCUUCUUUGUGAACAAUUCAAUGGAGAAAUCGUUAACGCUGAUGUCAUGCAAUGUUAUAGAGGGGUGCCUAUUGCUACAAAUAAACCCUCGUUGUCUGAGCGAGAAAAAUAUCACUACCAUUUGGUCGACUGCGUCCCCUCCUCUGUAAACUACACAAUUCAAAAGUGGGUCAUCGAUGCGGACUUGCAAAUAGAACAAAUCGCAAAGCAAAACAAAGUCCCAAUCGUUUGCGGCGGGACGUCGUACUACAUCGAUGCUCUUAUUUACAGACAUGAAUCCAACCAAUUUGACUCGAACGAAUUGACACACAGAAAUGGAGAAAAGGCAGAUCAAGAAGAUUUGGAUUUUGAACUUCCUUCCGAAGAAAUGCUGUAUAAAAAAUUGGAGGAAGUUGAUCCUCAAAUGGCGGAGAGACUUCAUGAAAAUGAUACAACGCGGAUACGAAAUGCGUUACUCUUUUAUUACCGAACAGGGAAGACAUUAUCAUCACAACUACUUGAGGAUAAAGUUGAUGUGAAAUACAAAGCAGUUUUUGUAUGGGUAGACGCUGCAUUGGUUUUGUUGGACAAGAGAGCAGACACUCGUGUUGACGAGAUGGUGUCGAGUGGUGUUGUUCAAGAGAACGUUGAGUUUAUAGAAUCAUAUAAAUUCGAGUUGGAACAAUUGGAAUGGAAGUGGGGAAUUUGUAUGGCGAUCGGUUUGAGUGAAUUUAUUGACAUCCGUCUAAACAAGGGCACCAUAGAAGAUGCAAUCCUGAAUAUGAAAACACACACAAAGCAAUACAUCAGAAAACAAAUCCGGUUCAUCAAGAAUAGAUUUAUAGCACAGCGGAAUGUUUUAAUGUAUCAUUUUAUUCACAACGGAGAUGUGAAGGUUGGAUUUGAUCAAGUGGUUAUCUUUGUCAAAAACGCGAUGGAAUCGACACUAGAAAUGUCACCCACAACGAGUAUUGAAACUAAAAACUUUGUGGAAUGGAAGAAGUACUAUUGUGACGUUUGUAAAGUAACCUUGAAUGGUGAAAACGAGUGGAAGACCCACUUGAUUUCUAAAAAGCAUAGAAUCGCUACACAAAGAUUAAAUAAAUAUCACCCACCAAAGUAA